AUGGCCCUGGUGGGCAAGGGCUCCCUCCCACCCUCGGGGCCCCCAAAAGGGCCCCCUCCAGGUGCAAAGAUUGCCAUCAAGGGCAGUGGCCCUCCCCCUGGGAAGGUUGCGUUGCCGAAGCCCCCACUGCCCGGUCCUGCUGCUGCAACCAAGCCAGGCCCUCUACCCAAAGUGGCGGUGGGCCCCGGGAGCAGCGUUAUUGCCCCCAAACCCGCUCUUGGGGUCCCUGACGGGGAACUCAAAAAGGCAACCCUUCCUCUUGCGAAGAAAGACCUGCCAAAACUGCCGACGCCCCCAGCAGGCACGAAGGCGGCAGACAGUUCAUUAAAAACUCUUCUUCCGCUCAAAAGCCCCAUGAGUCCCACCAAAGCACUUCCGGAAGAGAUUCCUGGUGCACUGAAGCAGCCUGAACCAGGGCCUCCUUCUGUUGGAGUGCCGAAAUCUGCUGCUGCAAAGCCCGUGAUCGCGGCGGGAAAGGGACUCCCCGGAGGUCCGCCAAAGCCAGCAGCCAAAGAUAUCACAACUAACGGCGGCGCCAAAGCAGCUAAGGUGCCACCUAGUCCUUGUCAUCCAGCUGCGCCUAAGGACCUCCCAGGCACUUCCCUUCCCCCGAAGGACGGGCCCCCCUGUUUGACGCCAGCAUCAGAGUGCCAUCCGGACUUGCAGGUAGCAGCAAAAGAAUCAUCUGGGUUGGCAAUAGCAGCAAAGAAAACGCUUGGCCAUUCCUUGUCAAUAACAGCCAAGGGAGCCUCAUCUCCUGGCCUGCCCUCGGCAGGAUCUAAACUGAUCCCCCCCUCUGAAGCAGAGCGUGGAAACCCAUCUAGGGCGGCAGAUGGAGCUGAGAGUCUAUCCAACGUGGGAUCACCUGGAGUGGAUGAAUUCGGGAGGCAGCGGGGUAGCGUGGGAGAUUUGGCACCCAAGAGCGAGCUAACUCACGAUCUCCGUGGGAACGUCAUUCCCGUAUUCGACAAGGCGGGCAAGUUCGUGGCCUUCGCUUCAGGCCCACCGGCUCCGCUCUCUCGUUCCGACCCAACGAGGCGUUCCCGCCGCCUUUCUGACCGAAAACCUCAAGAACGGGAUACGAUGAGAAUGCCGUCAGCGCGAGGGGUGGACUACGGAGCGUUAGGAGGCUUGAGUGUCCCGGGGGGCGUUCCGGGCUUUUUCUUAUCCGUACCGCCUUGGCCAGCGCCAACCCCUGUGCCAAUGGACCAGGCGGCAGGCUGGGGUGCGUAUAAUCAGUUCGCCGGCCAUCCGGUCCCCCAGAUAUCUCCCUAUGCCGCUUUUCCUCCACAGGCAGUCUCACAAUUCCCUUAUCCAGUGAUGUAUGGGCAAAUGGGCGGACGAGGUGAGGAGCAGCAGGGCUACGCGCCACAGCAGGGGACUUUCGAAGGGACUAUUUGGCCGGGCUACCCUGAAUACCCUAUUCAUCAGGAUGCCAAAGACGCCUGCGGCGCGGCAUCUAGGGGCGCUCCUGCCUUCUCCAAGGUUGCAUUUUCUCCAAAGGCACCCCCGCCAAGGGAAUCGAAGUCCCGCAAAAGCAAGGGACUUCCUCUGGAUGAUUUCGAGGUCUCUCGAGUUAGGUGCAACGCAGUGGCUCGCGGUGACGAGGAAGUGGGCAAGAGCAAAUGGAUGCCCAUCGAACGACAUCUUAACAACAUAAGAGGGGGCUACGGAGAGGCCUACCGGCCCCCUGAAGAGGAAGCGGUUCCUCCCAGAGAACCUUCUGCUCGGGCGAGGCGCAGGAGCUCAAGCGUUAGAGAUGAUGUAUAUUCGGGUUUUCGUCCUUACUACAUUCGGGACAAGAAGCCUUUCGUGGACGAAGAUGGUCCUCGGUUUGUGGAUCCCAAUGGGCCUUCCGGCAGAGUUCCUGCGCCCCCUAGGAAAACCCCGUUGAUGACAAGGCCUAAGGACCGCACGUGGGAUCGUUGGGGCUCGACUGGAUUGACAGCCCCCCGCAAGCGAACCUACCAGAGUCUCUCGGAGCUUGCGAGCUGCUUCUCUAACCUCGAGGCGGAGGACCAAGAUGACGUAAUCAGUCUGCUGCUACUUUGCAGGAAGUUGGAGCAGCAAGUUGAGAAGCAGCAUGUUGUUAUAGACAUGCUAGAGCAUGAAUUAUCAGAAGCACAGAAGGUGCUGAAGUUUCCGCCGGAGUGGCGAACACUAGAAGGUCUCGACCUCGCGGGAAUGGUCCCUUCAGAUGCGCCCUUCCAAGCAACUGCUGCAACGCCCCUCUACAUUAAGAGCGCGAGUGUGCUGCCUUCGAGCGUCCCCGAUGACCCCAACGCAAGUUUCGGAGUAGGAGUUCCUCUGACACGAGAGAACAAAGGAACAUCCGCCGCUACCCCAUCACCAGCCAAGAGCGCCGCGGCAGCUCCUGCAGGAGGUGCUGCUCCCAAGCCCGCCGGGGGCAAUGUAGAGGCCACGAAGAAGCCCCCAGCAUUAUUUAAGCCGAAGGCUUCGGUAGUGGGUUUUAAGAAGCCCGUAUUCAAGAAGAUGUAG